GACGGAGACGACAACAGAAUCUGGGGGUGAGGAAACUUCUAGCUCAGAGGAUGCACCCUCAGAGGAGGAGAAACCCAAGGUUGGCCAGGUAUCCUUGACUGUGUCACGAUUGGAGGCCAUGCAUUCCCUAGCAUCACUGGGGGAUGAUGAAAUGUCCACUUUCGCACAGCAGGGGGUGGACAUGCAACGGAUACGACAUCCAAUGUGCAAGGAGGCCUGGCUCCGUUUUCUAGGACCUGCUCCCCGCCCAGCUGUCAAGCGAGCUUCGAUCAAAGGGUUUUUUAUGCAUCUCUACUGGUCUGCAGCUGAAUGCGACAUCACCUUGCACCUCAAGUACACUGAUGAAUUGUUAGCCCACUACACGUCGCAGUGGCGGGAUCGGGAGGUUUAUUGGAUGUGUCGUCAAAGGAGCCGGAGUGUGAAGGACAUCCUAUGCUGUAUAAUUGACAGCUACGAUAAGGCAAAAAUUUGUCUACCAUCCUUCCCACAAAAAAGAACACCCAAAGCACAAGUUUAUGAGACCAUCCGUCGUACCUGGACUCAUGAUUCCUUUGUUUUAAGACUUUGCCUCCAUAUUUUAUGCCACCUAUUUUCCUUAUGUUUUUUAACCGUCCCCCCCCCAUCCCGUCUUACUUGA